CACGAGCCCCAUUUCCUGAUUUUGUUGCCAUCGAGACAAAUUUGGCCAAAGAGGCCUGGCACGAGGUGUGCAAAAUUAAAGAUAUUGAUGUCAGAAUAACACCGUUAGCAGUCAAAAUGCUCUUAAAUUGCACAUCACAUGUGCGAGGUGAACUCAAAACCAAGAUGUGCUUGCUGACUAGUUCUUUUUAUGGUUUCUGGGCAAGUAAUUCCAUGCAGGUGAUGCAACAGAACCGAAAUCAGGCAGAGUCGUUGAAAGCCAAUUCAGCCUUUAUAUUCAAGGACUGGUCAUCAAAGAAGGGCAUCUACAAAACUGAAUUGCUCCAAGAGGGCAUCAACCUCAUGUGGUUCUCGAAUCGGAAUGACGAGGGCCUCAUCUACCAUAAGUACUUCAAUCCCUUUCCUGUUAGAGCUCUCGCACUCGUGCUUACAGCUAUUGAAUGUUGUAUCGACAAGUGGCUGCAAGGCAUCAAAGAAGACACCAAGUCCACAUCCACUACAUACGGACCUGUCUACAAUAGUCAUUUGGGCUCACUGCUGCGCUUUGAUGAGCGCACCGCACCUUACAAACUCCUCGAGAGAAUCUGUACCAAUCUGCAUGACAUAGGUGUUGAAUCACUCGGUCUGUCAUCGGCUAGUACUACAUCUCAGGUCCACACUGAGAACAAGGCCUUCGAAGACGCCAUUCGAGAGUACCAGCUGGAGGAGCAGGAUGACGCGGGGGCUCAUAGCAAGAGUGGCGGGCUUAUAGAUGCGGAUGAAGAGGAGGAGGAUCUGGAGGCUUGUAGCGAGAGUGGCAUGUUUACAGGUGCGGAUGAAGAGGAGGAUUGAGUAGGACAUUUAUACUAUACUAUCUCGUGUGUCGGGUACCCAAAUUCAGAUGC